CAGCGCACAGAUUGAACUGCGUUGAUAUAUAAAAUCCCAACGAUAACGAAACUCACUUCAAGCAAUCAACUCUCAAAAAACACUCUUCCAAACUCUGCCGCCAAAAUCACUCUCAACGUACCGUUUUAGCGGUUACUCUCUCCUCCGCCGUUCCUUCCGCUUCUCGAAUGCCGAGUCACUGACUCGCCGCCGCAUAGCCAAAAAAGAAAACCACAAUGUCUUCCCGGCGCCACUCACUAAGCGGGCCGCCACCACUCUCCGGCACCGAGUCGACUCAGAACCUCCGACAGCGAGUCAUCACGUGCCUCAACAAACUCUCCGACCGCGACACUCUCGCCGGCGCCGCCGCGGAACUCGAGUCCAUCGCCAGAACCCUAAACCACGACUCGUUCUCGUCCUUCCUCUCUUGCAUUCACAACACUGAUUCCUCUUCCAAAGCACCAGUUCGAAAACAAUGCGUUCAUCUCUUAAACGUUCUCUCGCGCUUCCACGGCGAAGCGCUUUGGCCUUUCAUAUCGAAAAUGCUCGCCACCGUGCUCCGGCGGCUCCGCGACUCCGACUCCGCCGUGCGAUCCGCGUGCGUGGACGCCGUCGCGUCGAUGUCGUCGCGGAUCACGGGACCGUCGUUCUCCGCCGCGUUCCUGCGGCCGCUCAUGGACGCGCUGGCGCAGGAGCAGGAGGCCAACGCGCAGAUCGGCGCCGCGCUGUGCCUCGCGGCGGCGGUCGAGGCGGCGCCGGACCCCGAUGCGGAGGCGCUCCGGCGUAGCGCGCUGCCGCGGCUCGGGAAGCUCGUGAAGAGCGAGGCGUGCAGGGCGCGGGCGGCGCUGCUGGUUCUGAUCGGAAGCGUGGUCGGCGCUGGCGGCGCUUCGAGCCGCGGUGCGGUGAACUGGCUCGUGCCGUGCCUAGUCGAGUUCCUCGGCAGCAAGGACUGGACGGUGAGGAAGGCCGCGGCGGAGGCGCUGGCGAAGGUGGCUUCGGUGGAGAGAGAUCUGGCGUCGCAGCAUAAGGUUCUGUGUUUGAAUUCGUUGCAGAAUCGGAGGUUUGAUAAGAUCAAAGUGGUUCGGGAGACUAUGAAUCGUGCAUUGGAGACGUGGAAGGAGGUAACCGAGGAUGCUCCUGCUUACGUUAAAUCUGAAUGUGCUUCUGUUGGCACAGAUGAUGGUAAAAGUCAGUGUGUCUCUAAAAGUUCACCCGAUGUUGGCUCUAAGUUGUCUUCUAAAACAGCCCCUGCCAACAGGUCCCCUCCAUCAGUGAUUUCAUUCAUGUCGUCCAUGAAAAGAGAGAGUUCUCUAAAGAGUAAUGAGAAGCAUUUGAGAAUGGGGACAUUGAAUCAUCAGGGUCAUGAGAAAUCCUCCAAUGAGAAACGUGAAACUCCAUUUUCGAGGUCCUCCCACUCAAAUUUGUCUAGGGAAGAUGAUAUUAAAAGGUGUGAUGUUGAAGUUUCUAAGCCACCCCCAUAUCAAAACGGGGUAAAUUCGAGGGCAGAGAUAAAGCGUGUUCUCUUUAGCAAGGUGUCUGAUGAAAAAAUGAGGAGAUUCAGUAGUUCAAAAUCUUGUGUGGUUCCAUGUAUUGAUGAUGAUGAUCUUGAUGCAAAUGAAGUUUGUGAGAGCCCACAAGAUGUUGAAGACUUUGCUUUGAUCCGUGAACAACUUCUUCAAAUUGAAAACCAGCAAUCAAAUCUGUUAGACCUACUCCAGAGAUUUAUUGGAAGCUCCCAAAGUGGUAUGAAUUCUCUGGAGUCACGUGUACAUGGCCUAGAGAUUGCCCUGGAUGAAAUAUCUCAGGAUUUGGCUGUUCCAGGUGCUAGGGUUUCCAAUAUUGAUGCCACAGAAGACACUUGUUGCAAGCUACCUGGUACUGACUUUUUGAGUUCUAAAUUCUGGAAGAAGACAGAAGGUCGUUAUUCCACAUCAAGGUUCUCUUUAGGAAGCAUACCAUCAACAAAUGCUGUGCAUAAUGCAACCAAUAAAGAUGGAAGCAGAGAAAUAUUAACUGCAAAUAACAGCCGAUUGCAACAUGGUAAGGGUGGAUAUUUUGUGAAUCCAUCGGCAGAAGUUCAAAGCGAUUUGAAAGGGCAUCAUACGUAUAAAGUGUCUAAAAACAUGGUCCAAGACGCCAUGAGGAGAUAUGAUGGCAUUCAACCUGCUACUGAAUCACUGAGGAACCAGAAUAUCAGGUCAUCCGUGUAGUGAGACACAGCAUUUCUCAAUGGCUAUUUUAUUGCAGCAAGCAUCACAGAGUCACGGAUCACUAAUUUGUAGGGAUAAAUUUGCGAAAGUCAAUCUUUUUGCUCGUUGGUUCAGCUUGCAGUGCAGGAGAGUUGUUUACUUUAAAGCAUUAGCAAAAUUAUUAUUUAGAGAAGAAGGCUAUUUUCUACAAAAUUGUCCAUAUUGAGGCUGAGUCAUCAGAGUGUGGAUUCGGAUGCAAUAUAUUGGUUAAAGAGUUUUACUGAGGUGUGGCUUAAAGGAAGAAAUAUGAUGCAGGCUUAGAGUUCUCUUGAUGUGUCAUAAUUAUGCGUCUUUGCCAUCUUCAUUAGAAAGUGGGGAAAAAAAUGCUGUGCUCUUCAGAAGAGUUCCGAGCCUCUGCCAUAAUUGACCCAUGGAAUGGGUAUUGUCUAGGCGUGGCAAGGAAGAGGGUCGGGGCCGAGUUUGACUUUUUCUAUCUAGAUUUUUGUCGGAGCAGGUUCAAGAGUGAGAAUUUAGAACUGCAGAUGAAAAAUUAAAAUUCAAUCCUAGUGUCGGAAUCAGAAAGAUUCACUCCACUUUUAUUUUAAAAAAUAAACAUUUUAAAUAUCCUUGCAUAUAUAUUUUGGACCCUUCAGCAAAAAAAAAAGAAAGAAAUUUGGAAGUCUUGGGAUUUCCAACAUCUUACAUGUUGAAAUUAAAGUCUCAUACUAUGGUGUCAAGAUAUGGUAGGGUGUUGUUGGGUUCAAACAGGUGGUUUGUUUUUCAAAUUCUAUGCAAAUUAUUCGACUUGUGCAGGAAAA